GAAGCAUCAAGCGGAGUCCGAGGAGCCUCGGGGUCGUGGAGACCCGACUCGAGGGGUCCUGUAGAGCACCGGCUAGGGGGCAGAGAAGGCAGGGCAGCCGGCCGCAACCAACCUGCCGCGGCCCCGCGAGCAUAGGAGGCGGCGAUCCAGAAGCUGAGCGAAGCCCGGGGGAGGAAGGGUGGCGCGGGCGCGCCCGGGCGGGAGAGCGUGGAUUCUCCGAUUCUAACGAGCUGUCGCCUCAUCACCCGGGAGCUGCUCGGGGACGGGCGGGGGAUCCCGGGCCCGGGCGCAGCGCACACGCGUGGCGCACGCCAGGCGGGCCGGGCGGUGCCUAGGGCAGCCGGGACCGCGCGCACAGAGCUCGGGGAGGCACAGACCCCGGGCACGGGGGGCCCGCGGCGCCCCCUGGAUUCUCGGUGCUCCGCGUAGCCCCAGGAGAGAUCGGGGCCCGGGUCCGGGAGUGGGAACCACCCGCGCUCAUCCCCUCCCCCCCGGGCGGGCCAGCGGCCCGGGGGAGGGCGGGCGGCGGCGCUUGGCUGUAUAUAUCUCCGCGCGCCCCGCCAGGUCGCGCACAGCGCCCCGAGCCCAGGCGCCUCCCCGCCCCCCCUCCCCGCGUUCCGCGGCGGCGGCGGCGGCAGCAGUAGCAGCAACAUGGCUGUUGAUGGGUGUUCGGGGUGGCGCUGGCGGCGGGAGGAGCUCCCUCGAGCCCCUGCGCCGGCCGCCCGUUGCUAGCUAUGGCAAACGGUGGCGGCGGCGGCGGCGGCAGCAGCGGCGGCGGCGGCGGCGGCGGCGGAGGCAGCGGUCUUAGAAUGAGCAGCAAUAUCCACGCGAACCAUCUCAGCCUAGACGCGUCCUCCUCUUCCUCCUCCUCUUCUUCUUCCUCCUCCUCUUCCUCCUCGUCCUCGGUCCACGAGCCCAAGAUGGAUGCGCUCAUCUUCCCGGUGACCAUGGAGGUGCCGUGCGACAGCCGGGGCCAACGCAUGUGGUGGGCUUUCCUGGCCUCCUCCAUGGUGACUUUCUUCGGGGGCCUCUUCAUCAUCUUGCUCUGGCGGACGCUGAAGUACCUGUGGACCGUUUGCUGCCACUGCGGGGGCAAGACGAAGGAGGCCCAGAAGAUAAAUAAUGGCUCCAGCCAGGCAGAUGGUACCCUCAAACCAGUGGACGAAAAAGAGGAGGUGGUGGCAGCCGAGGUCGGCUGGAUGACUUCCGUGAAGGACUGGGCAGGGGUGAUGAUAUCUGCCCAGACACUGACAGGCAGAGUUCUGGUCGUGUUAGUCUUUGCUCUCAGCAUUGGUGCCCUUGUAAUAUACUUCAUAGACUCGUCAAACCCAAUAGAAUCCUGCCAGAAUUUCUACAAAGAUUUCACAUUACAGAUCGACAUGGCUUUCAACGUGUUCUUCCUUCUCUACUUUGGCUUGCGGUUUAUUGCAGCCAACGAUAAGCUGUGGUUCUGGCUGGAAGUGAAUUCUGUAGUAGAUUUCUUCACAGUGCCUCCCGUGUUUGUGUCUGUGUACUUAAACAGAAGUUGGCUUGGCUUGAGAUUUUUAAGAGCUCUCAGACUGAUACAGUUUUCAGAAAUUUUGCAGUUUCUGAAUAUCCUUAAGACAAGUAAUUCCAUCAAGCUGGUGAAUCUGCUCUCCAUAUUUAUCAGCACAUGGCUGACUGCAGCUGGAUUCAUCCACUUGGUGGAGAAUUCAGGGGACCCAUGGGAAAAUUUCCAAAACAACCAGGCACUGACAUACUGGGAAUGUGUCUAUUUACUCAUGGUCACAAUGUCUACAGUGGGCUAUGGGGAUGUUUAUGCCAAAACUACGCUUGGACGUCUCUUCAUGGUCUUCUUCAUCCUCGGGGGACUGGCCAUGUUUGCCAGCUACGUCCCUGAAAUCAUAGAGUUAAUAGGAAACCGCAAGAAAUACGGGGGCUCGUAUAGCGCGGUUAGUGGAAGAAAGCACAUUGUAGUCUGUGGCCACAUCACUCUGGAGAGUGUCUCUAACUUCCUGAAGGACUUUCUGCACAAGGACCGGGACGAUGUCAACGUGGAGAUUGUCUUUCUUCACAACAUCUCCCCUAACCUUGAGCUUGAGGCCCUGUUCAAACGACAUUUUACUCAGGUGGAAUUUUAUCAGGGUUCUGUCCUCAAUCCCCACGAUCUUGCCAGGGUCAAGAUAGAGUCAGCAGAUGCAUGCCUGAUCCUUGCCAAUAAGUACUGCGCUGACCCGGAUGCAGAAGACGCUUCCAACAUCAUGAGAGUGAUCUCCAUAAAGAACUACCACCCGAAAAUCAGGAUCAUAACUCAGAUGCUGCAGUAUCAUAACAAGGCCCAUCUGCUCAACAUCCCCAGCUGGAAUUGGAAAGAGGGUGAUGACGCAAUAUGCCUCGCAGAGCUCAAGUUGGGUUUCAUAGCCCAGAGCUGUCUGGCUCAAGGCCUCUCCACAAUGCUUGCCAACCUCUUCUCUAUGAGGUCAUUCAUAAAGAUUGAGGAAGACACGUGGCAGAAAUACUACUUGGAAGGAGUCUCCAAUGAAAUGUACACAGAGUAUCUCUCCAGUGCCUUCGUGGGGCUGUCCUUCCCUACUGUUUGUGAGCUGUGCUUUGUGAAGCUGAAACUCCUGAUGAUAGCCAUUGAGUACAAGUCUGCCAACCGGGAGAGCCGAAGCCGAAAGCGAAUAUUAAUUAACCCUGGGAACCACCUUAAGAUCCAAGAAGGUACUUUAGGAUUUUUCAUCGCAAGUGAUGCCAAAGAAGUUAAAAGGGCAUUUUUUUACUGCAAGGCCUGUCAUGAUGACGUCACAGAUCCCAAAAGAAUUAAAAAAUGCGGCUGCAGGCGGCCCAAGAUGUCCAUCUACAAGAGAAUGAGACGAGCAUGUUGUUUUGAUUGCGGACGUUCUGAGCGUGACUGCUCAUGCAUGUCAGGCCGUGUGCGUGGUAACGUGGACACCCCUGAGAGAGCCUUCCCGCUUUCUUCUGUCUCUGUUAAUGAUUGCUCCGCCAGUUUCCGUGCCUUUGAAGAUGAGCAGCCGCCAACGCUGUCACCCAAAAAAAAGCAACGUAAUGGGGGUAUGAGGAACUCACCCAACUCCUCCCCGAAGCUGAUGAGGCAUGACCCCUUGUUAAUCCCUGGCAAUGAUCAGAUUGACAACAUGGACUCCAAUGUGAAAAAGUACGACUCCACUGGGAUGUUCCACUGGUGUGCACCCAAGGAGAUCGAGAAAGUCAUCCUGACUCGAAGUGAAGCCGCCAUGACUGUCCUGAGUGGCCAUGUUGUAGUCUGUAUCUUUGGGGAUGUCAGCUCAGCCCUGAUUGGCCUCCGGAACCUGGUGAUGCCGCUCCGUGCUAGCAAUUUUCACUACCAUGAGCUCAAACACAUUGUGUUUGUGGGCUCCAUCGAGUACCUCAAGCGAGAGUGGGAAACACUGCACAACUUCCCCAAAGUGUCCAUAUUGCCUGGUACGCCAUUAAGUCGGGCUGAUUUAAGGGCUGUCAACAUCAACCUCUGUGACAUGUGCGUUAUCCUGUCAGCCAAUCAGAAUAAUAUUGAUGAUACUUCGCUUCAGGACAAGGAAUGCAUCUUGGCGUCACUCAACAUCAAAUCUAUGCAGUUUGAUGACAGCAUUGGGGUCUUGCAGGCUAAUUCCCAAGGAUUCACACCUCCUGGAAUGGACCGGUCAUCUCCUGACAACAGCCCAGUGCACGGGAUGCUGCGCCAGCCGUCCAUCACAACAGGAGUCAACAUCCCCAUCAUCACAGAACUCGCUAAACCAGGCAAGUUGCCUUUGGUAUCAGUCAAUCAGGAAAAAAACAGUGGGACGCACAUUCUAAUGAUAACGGAGUUGGUGAAUGAUACUAAUGUUCAGUUUUUGGACCAAGACGAUGACGAUGACCCUGAUACGGAGCUGUACCUCACGCAGCCCUUUGCAUGUGGGACAGCAUUUGCCGUCAGCGUCCUGGACUCGCUCAUGAGCGCGACAUACUUCAAUGACAAUAUCCUCACCCUGAUACGGACCCUGGUGACAGGAGGAGCCACGCCAGAGCUUGAGGCUCUGAUUGCUGAGGAGAAUGCACUUCGAGGGGGCUACAGCACUCCCCAGACACUAGCCAACAGGGACCGUUGCCGAGUGGCUCAGUUAGCCCUGUUGGAUGGCCCCUUUGCAGACUUAGGGGAUGGUGGUUGUUAUGGUGAUCUGUUCUGCAAAGCUCUGAAAACGUAUAAUAUGCUUUGUUUUGGAAUUUACCGGCUGAGAGAUGCCCACCUCAGCACCCCAAGCCAGUGUACAAAAAGGUAUGUCAUCACCAAUCCCCCCUACGAAUUUGAGCUUGUACCAACAGACCUGAUCUUCUGCCUGAUGCAGUUUGACCACAACGCUGGCCAAUCGCGAGCCAGCCUGUCUCAUUCCUCCCACUCCUCACAGUCCUCCAGUAAGAAGAGCUCCUCCGUCCACUCCAUCCCGUCCACAGCAAAUCGGCCAAACCGGCCCAAGUCCAGGGAGUCUCGCGACAAACAGAAUGCAACAAGGAUGACUAGAGUGGGCCAAGCAGAAAAGAAAUGGUUUACAGAUGAACCGGAUAAUGCCUAUCCCAGAAACAUUCAAAUCAAGCCCAUGAGUACCCACAUGGCUAACCAGAUCAACCAAUACAAAUCCACAAGCAGCUUGAUCCCUCCAAUCAGAGAAGUUGAAGAUGAAUGUUGACUCCCAGGAGACCAGAACUAUUUUUUUAAAGCCUGACAAACUUCAUAAUGGUGAUGUGACUUCUCUUCCUCUUCCAUGCCGAAUCACUGGUGGAAACACUAGAGUAAGCAAGAAUUUGCAAGAAAAUAAAGUAGACAGAUCUUUCUCUUUGCCUUGAAUAUUGCUUCCAUGUAUUUUGGAAAUGGUUUCAUUUAUAAAUGAACAUACUAAAAUAGUCAUGUAUAGCUUCUAGGGUUUUAAAUUAUUUUUAUUUAUUAGAAAGAAAAUAUAUUUUUUCUUUUUUUUUUCAUUGCCAGAUUAUCUUCUCACAUAUCACAACAAUGUAAAAUCAAAAUGAGUAAGUGGCCAGAUUCCUUAAAUGUGUAUUUCUCUCCUUUCUUUCUUUUUCUUUGAGGAGAAUGAUGGUCACCACCCCAAUUUGUAAUUAAGGAAAAUGAAUUACUAAAAGAAUUUAAGGUAGUCAACAAUCUACAUAAACAUAAAACAUAUUUUAGUAAA